AGUGUUUGACGAAAUGAUUGCAUCUCAGUUUGUUUUAUAAUGAAACUGAAACUCUGGUUAAGAGGGAUUGAAAAAGGGUUGGCAGGCAGGAACAGAGUCCGAACAUUGAAGUAUUGAGAAGAACGAUACCAGUAGUUGUUUUGUGUGGGAGGAAAUUGAUUAUGAUGGCAAGACAAGGCAAAACUUAAAUGAGAUCGACGCAUCGUCAGCAGAAAUGCUCCCAGUUACAAUUGACAUGUAUUGAGGGCUGUAGUCAAGACUGAUCUCUACGCUGAUAGCAAAGAGUCGACAAUGGCAACAUAACAAAAGGUUCCUUAAAGUCCUAAGAGAAGGAUGGCCACUUACUGCUUUCCAAAACUUUUGUAUAUUAUUGUGAUUGUUUUUUGCCCAUCCACUAUAACCAAUAAUUCAUUUAUAACUUUGGAUUGUAACAGUCCAUUGACUGGAAUACAUAACCACCGCAUUGUUUUGGUUUGUGAGUAUAAGUCACAUUGGGAGAAAAAUUGCAAUAUUAGCUGGAACUUCAAUGUGAAUUCUCAUUCGACUGAAAUCCUAUGCACAUCUGACAAUGAAACGACUGGUCAGAAACAAAAAAGAUGUGUUACAGAUUACAAAAAGGUAUCAUUGAUAAUUGAGAAAUCAGAAAUUGUGGAUGAAGGGAAUUAUCAGAUUUUCAUAAACUGUGGGCCAGGUGGCUACAAGUAUAAAAACAUCCAACUUUUCAUUCAUGCUCCAUAUACUGUUCUGCAAGUAUCCAAAAGGAUUGAAGGUGGUGAGAAAGGUCUCUCUUGUACUACACUUGGAUAUCCAUUGGCAAAACCCCACUGGGAAAAUGAAAAUGGCACUAACUUGGCAGCUAAUUUGAGUGUAACACGAACAAAAGAUAAGUUGUUCAACAUCACUACUUACAUUCCAGUUAGUGGAGAACUAUGCACCAUAAACUAUAGCUGCUCUUUAUGCUAUGAAAAUUCAUAUAUUUCUACAACCAGAAAAUGCUGUUAUAGAAUCGCAGAACUCUUCAAAUGCAGAAGGAAGCAAGUGGGCCGACUGAGUCUGUUCCACCUGUCCAAUAGCAAAGUCAUGAUGUUUGCAAUUCUCCAAUUUCCUGGCACCACCCCAAGACCUGGAAGACUGAAUGAUUACGGAUUGGAGUGUCCCAACAAUGAAACAUUCUCUCAGUCAAAGGAAGAAAAGAUCAGAACAAUUUUUGGUAUUCAUUUAUCUCUGGGAUUAAUCAUAGUCCUUUUAAUACUUUUGGCACUUCUGGUGGCGUUUUCAUCAAGCAAAUUCGUCAAGCAUUCAUACGAGCGAAAAGAAUCAGCGUCACCUAAUUUAAUAGAUAAGCAACUCUUUCUGGAUAUAUAAGCUGAAAUAAGAAGGACGGCCUUACCUUUUACGAACAAACUUUAUUUCCAACGGAUAAUGCAGACUGAAGACGGCCUGGAAUGACAUUGAUCUUAUUAAUCAAUUUUCUACUAAAUGCAAUUUCUGUGAAAACAUUGUAUCAAAUGAUGUUAAAAAAACACUUCGUAGAAAUUUACCUGUUUCUAAAAGGUAUGCAAGAAUAAUCAUGAAAAAUAUGAAAAUAAUUUUCCAUAUGACCACUGAGAAAAAUUGUUAUAAUCACAAUACAGUUAUAACUACAUUUAAUGAAAACCACUGUCCUUGUUAUUUGCAUGGUUAGAUUUCUUGGAAUUGUAGUCGACUUUUCAUGACAAAAAUAGUUGUGAUGAUUCAUAAAAUAAAACGUUUUGCAAUAAUCCGACACCAUGUUCAGAAGUUUUUAGUUAUAAAUUCAGAUUAAGUACUUUUCAUUCCCAGCAAACUGGAGUGGAAGUUUUUCUGUUAGUGUUUCAUUGCAAAUGUCAGUGUCCAACGGAUAUCUUGGAAUCUUGGAAUUUAAUGGUUCUAAACUUCUGAUCUGUGUAGGAAUCCCUAUUUCUGACCCAGAUCAGACAAAAUUUUGCCUCACUAUAAAAAAUAUAUCUUUCUACUUUUCUGCAUUUUUGGUUGUGAACUGAAGUGAUAAAAUGGCUGUUUUAAAAACCAAGGAUGUGGAAGGGAUCAUGGCAAAUUUUGAAAGGAAGUUACUGAAACACAUUCUCAGUGGUAUUUACAUUGCUGCUUUGUUUCAGCAGUGGAGGAAGCAGAGAGGCUGGCACCAGGGAAUGUGUACACAUAAGAUUCAGUCAGCAACAAGUAGCUGAUUGGUUCGAGAAGUUCUGACCAGCUCUGGAUGAUAAAGGCCUUCUGCCAGCCAAUGACUCUACUCGUUAAAUCUCAAAGCCCCUUAUAAAAGUUAUCAUUGGCUUCUGGGUAGCCGAACUAGGUUUGGGUAUGAACAACAUUGCCAGAGAUCUUCAGGUCAUCUGGAAGAGGAGGUGGUUUGUCUGUCUGCAGGAGAACAUAUUUGAAACCUGAAGAAAGAGAGUUUAUUUUCCCUCACCAGUUGCUGUAAACUGUUGCUUUUAACCAGUAAACUUUAUAAUUUAUGAACAGGUCUCUCCAUUCCGUUCACAAAGAAGUGAAUAAUAUCUGAUGAAGAAAAAUUGAAGAACAGCAAAUCCUGCCCAGCAAUUGGAUCAUCUUAAUACAUCCUGUGGAUGCAGGCUAUUGAACACCCCACACCCAUGACACCAAUUUUUUUUGACUGUCUGUAUGUGAAUGUUGAGAUACUUUUGUAAGGGGGUUCAAGUUUUAACUAUUAGAGUUAUAUGUCAGCAGUUCAUUGUUGCAUACCUGUGUCAAGUCUUUUUUUUAAAUAAACAGUCAUUCAUAUUAAA